CAACUAUUCUUCAAAUCUAUAAAAAUAAUUAUGAAUUAUCUUCCUAUGAAGCUACUAAUUAUAAUCAAGAUAAUAUGAAUAAUAAUGAUGAUUUGUGUUUAGAUUAUAUUUAUAGAAAAAAACAAAGAAUUAAUCAACAAAAUAAAGUUGAGUUAUAUCUAGAAGCUCUUCGA